AUGGAGCUUAAUGGCUCAUUUGUUUUGGCCAAAGGACGUGCUUGGUGCCCUGAACAUUUUUGCUGUGCAAACUCGGCAUGUGCCAAACCUUUAAUGGAAAGUGGUUUUGUGGAGGAUCCUGAAAGUCGAAGAAAUUAUUGUCCAAAAUGUUAUGAAGUUUUGUUGGCUCCAAUAUGUUUUAAAUGUUCUUUGCCUUUAAAUGAGAUUUUGGUAUCAUUUGAUAGAGGAGAUAUUCCUCUACAAAAUAUCCAAAAAUGA